AUGAGUGAUCUCGCCUUCCAGGGCUUCUGCCUCUACGGGCUCGUGUGUGCUCUCUUCGUCCGAGCUGUGGAGCUUCUGGUGGCACCCACGGAGGAGAGUAUGACUUUGGCAUUGACCGGGGUGAGAGUCGCCCUUGGGCUUUUGGGUCCAGUUUCGGAACUGUCCUUCCUGGAGAACUCCUGCUGGCCUUUUAGCUGGCUGGAGCUGCGCCUGCUGGAAGAAGGGCUCGUCAAGGCGCUGUCCACUCCUGAGAUGGAACCCCACUGGCGCCGGCCGUUGGAGGGGCCACCGAGGAUGGAGUCUGAGGUCGAUCUCCACAUUGUGAUGGCCAUGGCCCUGCCGGAACACCCUGCCGUGGUGUUCUUGGACACAGUCGAGGCCCAAGCGCGCCACCACUUGCAACAGGUGUUGGGCCCGAAUCUGCGCGUCGUGGGCCUGGGAGAUCAUGCCACUGCUACGCUGGACGCCGGCCUCAUGGUGAAAAGAGGCGUGACCGAAGCUGUGCCGACGACGAGGGUGGAGAUCACCAUGAGUGGCCUGGCCUGCCCGGAGAGCCAGGCUGGACGACACCACUGCCGGUUGAAGUGCCAGGUUCUUGGCGAGUGCCGAGCUACCAACGAUGCCUUGGCGGAGUGGAUUGGCAAGUACGUCUUCGGGGCGGCGACGCGCCGGGACUCGCUUGGAGACAACGCCUGGUGGGACGCGGAAGCCGCGGACAAGGAACCUAUCGCGGCGCUGAUCCAGGCUUUGAGAACACUUUCGCCUCUGCGCGAAGGCGACCUGGUGGUUUGUGCCCAUCCAACUUCGCUCUGCCUGAUGAGUUUUUGGGCCACUUGGAGGUUCGCUGAUGAACUGGCGGUGAGACGGCUUCCCAUGCUCCUACACAUCUCCUCAACGCUCCUUUACGGUGCCCCGGGUGGUGCCCAAGGAGCUCUCGGCUUCCUUCGCCUGGCGAGGGACUUGCUGACUGGCCCUUUCCCCCUGAUGGCCUUGGCAGAGGGCCCCUUCCUGUCUGCCCAGCUCUUCGAUCAAGUUGGGGUGCGGCUGGCCUCGUGCCCUGCCUUGGCUCUCUACCUCGAAGACACAGACACAGGCUACUUGAAGCACAAGGCGAGUGAGAGGCUCCCGACCGUCCUGGUGACGCGAGCCCGACUCUUCAACCAUCCUGCAGGCUUCUUCUUCCGUGGUCUGUUGAUGGAGUUUGCCAUCAUCAACCAGCCAAUGGCUGAUGCCAAGCGUGGACACUUCUGGUUUUCAGAGGUUCCGAGUCUGGAUGAGAAGGCAGACGAAGUCCGUGACAUUGGUUUCGGUGGGGGCGGCGAUCCCUGGAAAAGCUGGGAGGAGAUGGCCCGCUGCGCGGCCGCCUUCUUCGUUCCCUCGGACAUUCACCAGCGAACUUUCAUCGAGCUCUACCGCAUGAAUGUUCCGACUUUCAUGCCGGCGGUGGAGUGGCUUCUGCGGCUUCCGCUGGCCGCCCCCUUCGGUGCCUUCAGCUAUGCUGGUGCUCUGUCGCAGGAGGAGAAAGGAUCGGAGAAUCACCGUAUCUAUCCGACGAGCUUCAAUGCGGAGUCGGAGAGCCCACGAACUCUUCAUCACUGGUACUUCUACUCGGACUACGCUCAUUUUCCGCAUAUAGGCAGAUGCAACUCUAUCCCUGACUUGCUGCAUCAGAUUUCGGUGGCAGAUUUGGACGACGUGGCUCUGAAGAUGAAAAAUCACUCCGAUCUGUUGGCCAAGGGCGUCGAGUGCUGA